CAGAGGUCCCUCAGUCAGUAACAAGCUCCUACAGACGAAGUAAACCAACACUGGGUGGGUAGUAUAUGCUACCUUGAAUAAUAGCCGGAAAAGAAAAUUACGAUAAGUAUGAAUACAUUUUCCUCUUUCCUGGCUAAUCAUGGCACCAUAUACAUAUGGGAAUACCCAAGCUUACCAGUUAGGAACAGAAACCUAAAUAACUGCCAUUCAAAUAAUCAGCUCAAUUCAACAUAGAUUAGAAGAUUGAACUGAGUUAAGGACUUGCGCCUCAUUGAUUACUCUAACGUUCAGUAUGUAAUGCUGGACAAACUAGUUCAAAGAGGUCCAAAUGCCAACUUUACAAAUGUUUCAGCAGAGAUCAUUGCCAUGGAAGCCCACGAUGCUGCAACUGCAGGAGUGGAGAGCGCAUCGAAACCCUUUGGUAUGGGUAGAGAAUGGCAUUGAUAAGCUUUCACCUUAGGCAGGAUCUUCGGUGCUGAAUGCAAGACAACCAUAUCCUGUUGAAAUUCAGUGAAUGGAGGUAUACAGGAUCAAGCCUGGAGUUCACACACUCACCUUGCUGAGGUACCAGCAACCGCACCUUCUGUGCUAACAUCAUGGAAGCUCCUGCUUGAGGUUUGAAUGAUGGUUUAGUCAGAGCCUGUAAGACCAGUGGUAGGUCACAUAUUGGCUUCAACACCCUCAGUGGAGGCUUGAAUUUAAUUGCUGCUUACAUGAAGCAAAGCACCAGGGGUUCCAAUGUUCAGUGGGUACCCAUCAAUGAGGAGAGUGCCAAUCUGUGCUCCUCUAGAGUGUAUAACUCAGACCAUAUCAAAGCCUGAUUUGAGGAGUAAUUUCAAUCUCUAUUAUUUAGACCAACAGACAAAUGCAUUCCAAGUUUUGUAAUCUGUAAAGUAUUUAUAGGACUGUAAGAGGAUCUUAAUGACCAUUCCAGGGAUGCCUAUACUUCUAAAGACACCCGCAUCAACACCAGAGCUUAAGGAUCUUGGUGUGUCAAGGGACCUUGUAAUAAUAGGUCUGGACGUACUAGAAUUUCCCUUGGAGGUUCCAGAUUCAUCUUACUCAUCAUAGGGAUUUAGAGUCUUAGUGGCCUUCCACUGUCUCCUUUUGAAUUUUCUUUAGGAAAGUUGAAAACAGGAAAAAUAUGUACAUCAGAUUGAGAUUCCAAAUUUGAGUCAGAGUAUCCUGACCUUGAGAAUUUUGAUCCCAAAAACUAGAAAAAUGCUUCUGGACCUGGUAGUUCUGAGAAGUGGCCAUCAAAUCUACAUAGGGUAUCAGCCAAAUUUAAGUCAACCCUGAGGAUACGUCGGAUCAAAGUUGCCAUUCCACCUUGUCCACUGUUACUCUGCCCAGGUAAUCAGCCAUUGUAUUCUGAGCCGCUGGUUGUUCUCCUGUGCCCUGAUCAUCAUGGACUGUAAUUCACUCAUCAAUAGGUGGCUGUGAGACCCACCUUGAUGAUUGAAAUAGGAUACAUUUACAUUGAUAGUUGAGCAAAUUUGGACACACUUGUUCUUCAGCAACCUUCUGAAAUGAAGAAAAGCCCUGAAAAUGACUCGUAAUUCCAUAAAAUUGGAUGGAAAUAUUCCUUCCCUUAUCCACAGACCUUCUGUAACAUGGUCCAGACAAUGUGCAUCCAAUCCUUGAAAAACUGAAAUCCGAGCUUAUAAUUGCCCAAUGAAGUUCUGUUCAUUGGAAAACCAGAGAGAGAGAGAGAUAGAUAAAUAUAUUCUCUCUUUUCAGCUACCCGAUUAGGUGUAACUCCACAGAUGGUGACAUGGUCAGUGGCUGACUCAAAUUCAUCUUUCUCUUGUUGAACUGAUAUAGGAAGUGUCACGAACUCACCCUACUCCAAGAGUGUGCGUAACGUAGUUGUGGUGGUGAAACGGUUAAAGUUCACUAUUUGUCUGCACUAGACCGGAAAUAAUGACAAAAUCCCCCUUUUAACACCACCCAAACUUAAACAUAAUAAUAUACAGUUGUAAGAAAAAGAAUGUGAACCCUUUUGAAUGAUAUGGAUUUCUGCACAAAUUGGUCAUAAAAUGUGAUCUGAUCAUCAUCUAAGUCACAACAAUAGACAAUCACAGUCUGCUUAAACUAAUAACACACAAAGAAUGAAAUGUUGCCAUGUUUUUAUUGAACACACCAUGUAAACAUUCACAGUGCAGGUGGGAAAAGUAUGUGAACCCCUAGACUAAUGACAUCUCCAAGAGCUAAUUGGAGUGAGAUGUCAGCCAACUGGAGUCCAAUCAAUGAGAUGAGAUUGGAGGUGUUGGUUACAGCUGCCCUGCCCUAUAAAAAAAAACAAAAAAAAAAAAAACACACACACCAGUUCUGAGUUUGCUUUUCACAAGAAGCAUUGCCUGAUGUGAAUGAUGCCUCGCACAAAAGAGCUCUCAGAAGACCUACGAUUAAGAAUUGUUGACUUGCAUAAAGCUGGAAAGGGUUAUAAAAGUAUCUCCAAAAGCCUUGCUGUUCAUCAGUCCACGGUAAGACAAAUUGUCUAUAAAUGGAGAAAGUUCAGCACUGCUGCUACUUUCCCUAGGAGUGGCCAUCCUGUAAAGAUGACUGCAAGAGCACAGCGCAGACUGCUCAGUGAGGUGAAGAAGAAUCCUAGAGUGUCAGCUAAAGACUUACAAAAGUCACUGGCAAAUGCUAACAUCCCUGUUAACGAAACUACAAUACGUAAAACACUAAACAAGAAUGGAUUUAAUGGGAGGAUACCACAGAGGAAGCCACUGCUGUCCAAACAAAACAUUGCUGCACGUUUACAGUUUACACAAGAGCACACAACACACAACACUCAGUGUGGCGGAAAAAAAAAAACAGCACACCAACAUCAAAACCUCAUCCCAACUGUGAAGUAUGGUGGUGGGGGCAUCAUGGUUUAGGGCUGCUUUACUGCGUCAGGGCUUGGACGGAUUGCUAUCAUCGAAGGAAAAAUGAAUUCCUAAGUUUAUCAAGACAUUUUGCAGGAGAACUUAAGGCCAUCUGUCUACCAGCUAAAGCUCAACAGAAGAUGGGUGUUGCAACAGGACAAUGACCCAAAGCAUAGAAGUAAAUCAACAACAGAAUGGCUUAAACAGAAGAAAAUACGCCUUCUGAAGUGGCCCAGUCAGAGUCCGGACCUCAACCAGAUUGAGAUGCUGUGGCAUGACCUCAAGAAAGCGAUUCACACCAGACAUCCCAAGAAUAUUGCUGAACUGAAACAGUUCUGUAAAGAGGAAUGGUCAAGAAUUACUCUUGACCGUUGUGCAUGUCUGAUCUGCAACUACAGGAAACGUUUGGUUGAGGUUAUUGAAAAGGACUGCCAAAGGACGUUCAACCAGUUAUAAAAUCCAAGGGUUCACAUACUUUUUCCACCUGCACUGUGAAUGUUUACAUGGUGUGUUCAAUAAAACCAUGGCAACAUUUCAUUCUUUGUGUGUUAUUAGUUUAAGCAGACUGUGAUUGUCUAUUGUUGUGACUUAGAUGAUGAUCAGAUCACAUUUUAUGACCAAUUUGUGCAGAAAUCCAUAUCAUUCCAAAGGGUUCACAUACUUUUUCUUGCAACUGUAACUAUUACUAUUUUAACGCUGCCACCACCAAGACAAUUUAUAAAUGGGGUGCCUUGGUCCCCCAGGUAAAUCAAUAAUAAAACCCACCAAAUAUUACUUAAUACAAUACUUAAGGAAUUGCAAAAAUACUAACUAGUCUCUUCAGGUAACGUGAUUCUUAACCAGACAAAGGCAGAACUUAAUAAAUGAAUGUUUAUUAUGAGCAAAAAAUAGUCACAGUGCAUAUAACAAUAUAUGAAAAGCAAAUUAUUUACACCAACAACAGAUAACAACAAAAAGGAUAAAAUACAGAAGUCCUAAUUACUCACUUAGGGUUUCAAAGUACAACUUCUGUCCAGGGGGACUCUGGCAAGGAAGGAUGAUGGUGACUCACUCAAAAUUAGAUCUUGGCCCCAAGCAAGUACACUAGCACCCUUCAGGAUCAUUAGAGAUAUAUCAUGUGAAUUACCACACCUCACCCAGAGGUGGAGUUAAGGCGUACCUAUAGAGAUACUAAGUGACCACCUCCUUUAUUCCAGAAAACAACAAGCCAAAUAUAAACUUUUGCUUUUAUCUCCUCUACUGUACUUGCCACAGAAAUAAUUGCCUCUAUGAAUUUAUUAUUUUCUUUUCCUAAUUUCUGCCACAUGGUUUAAGUUUAAUUAUUAAACUGUGGGUAAGUAUUAAUGUUUAUCUUGGAUAAGAUACUGGAACACAAGGAUCUUCAUGAAACUAAUCCCAUUACCAUAUACAAGGAUUGAACUAUCCUUUACAAGGUACAUGCCAAAUGGAUGAAGAGACUUUUUCCAAGUGUAAAACCUCACACCUUGCAGAGCCUUGAUUACUUCACAUCCAUAUAGUAAAAUCCUUUUCACAUUCCUAUUCCAUUUAUACCACCCCUUCUGUCAUUUGACCUCUGUGGGGGUCCCAGCUUCAAAAGAUGUAACCCCUGUUGACCUCAGUAAUAGCAUCUCUGUAAUUUGUGCCAUUUACUACACAAAUUACAUUAAAGGAUAAUAUACCAUACUUGCCGUGACAGGAAGGACCUUUGAGCAAUCUUGAGAUGCCAUUGAGCCCAUCUGACAAGUCUGAUGUUGGAAGCCAGGAUUCCUAGUAGUUGCUGUUACCAAGCGAAAAUGAAGAAACUGGAAGAGAAAAGUUUUCCUGAGAUAGGGGAAAAGCAGAGUAUAGAAUACUCCACCCAGAAAUGUCCUCUGAGCUGGUGUGAAACUGCUUUUUUUUUUUUCUUUUUUUUUUUUUUAAUAUUCAUCAAGCAGCCAAACGCCAGGCGUUCUCUGUGUGCCUGCCUUAUGUGGGUCUGAGGCUACCAGAAGUGGGUCAUUCAGAUAAUGGAAACAGGUGGUGUUCUGGACUCUCAGUAUCACUACAAGCACACAUAAGGGUGGGUCUUGGGGCUGCAGUGAGGCCAAAUGAAAGUUCUCUUCUGAGAUAAUGCUGAAUAUCUAGGGCUAUUGGAAUCAUAGUAAGCAUCCUUGAGAUAUAUAAAGAUAAGGAAAUUGUCCUUUCAAAUUCCUGGGGAUAUGGAUCUGAUUGACUCCAUCCUGAAGGCUCGGACAUUCAGUUUACUGUUGGCCCUUCUUAGGUCCAGUAUAGGCUUCCAUGUGCCUUUACUUUUAGCACCAGAACAGAGGUGGUCAUUGUCCCAGGAACCGGUCUUGUUAAGGGACCCAAGAAAUCACAUCUCUGUCCAGAAGGUUUCAUACAUAUUCCUUCAGUGCUAUACCUUUUGAUUAAUCUGUCUGAAUUAUAUUGUUGGUAUAGACCCCUGUGUCAGAAGGAAAGACUCCAAUCUGUAUCAAUCUGGAUGAUGGAUACCACCCAAGUCUCCAGAAUGGGACCGAUCCAAGGAAUAUUUGAUCAGAAAAAAUAAGGCUCCUAGUGGACAGACACCACUUCAUUGCUGAAGAGCAAAAUGACUGCUGCAUAGCUCUAUUAGAACCGUAAAAGGCAGGUUUACCAACUCCAUGAGUUACCUCUAGAGUAUACCCUGCAGGGACAGUAAUUCCAUGUAUCUCAGAAAUGCUGGUCACUGGAGGUUCUCCUGUCUGACCCUGAGGAGCUGGGAUUCUUGGAUCUUCAGUCUUGAGGUGCAAAUACCUUGCAGCCCUCAGCUGCAUAAUCAAUAGAUUUAUCCAAAGCUUUCCCAAACAGCAGCUCCCCUUCAAAUAGAAUGGCGUAGAGGGCAGACUUGGAGGAUGAGUCAUCAUCCCAGAAGCAGAACCAUAAUACUUUCCUAGCUGCUAAAGCAAUUUGUUUGAGAGAAUAUCCUAGUUACAUCUAGGGAAGCUUCUUUGAAGAAGUCACUUGUAACCUAAAGACUGCAGACUGCAUCUUCAAUCUUGGCUCUUAAUAUCUCUCUCCACAGUAGCAUUUAGAUCUUUAAUCUGCCCUCUACGCCAUUCUGUUUGAAGGGGAGCUGCUGUUUGGGAAAGCUUUGGAUAAACUUCUUGCCUUUCUUCUAUCUCUGAUAGCAUGUCCUCCCGCUUUCUGAAACUGAAUCUUUCCAAAACAGAACUUCUUGUCUUUCCUCCUCCUAAUAUUAAUCCUCCUCUCUCGCUCUCCCUUCAGAUUGAUGGUACUCAUAUCAGCCCAUCCUUCCAAGCAUGUUGUCUUGGUGUUACUUUAGAUUCUGGCCUCCCUUCCGGUCUGUUGUCAAAUCAUGCCAAUUCCACCUUAAAAACAUUGCCCGCAUCCGCCUCUUUCGUACACAAGAUACUACUAAAGAGCUUGUCAAUGCUCUAGUAAUCUCUCGCAUAGACUGUUACUCUCUCCUAAUUGGUCUUCCCAAUAGCCAUAUUUCCCCACUACAGUCUGUAAUGAAUGCUGCCGCCAGACUGAUUUUCCUCUCUAAUCGGUCCUCUCACACCUCAACCCUAAGUCAGUCCUUACAUUGGCUUCCUGUAUACGAUAGGAGUCAAUUCAAAGUGCUAACCCAUACCUAUAAAGCACUGAAUAAUCUUGGCCCCUCUUAUAUUUCCUCACAGAUCCAUAGGUAUGCUCCUUCUUGGUCUCUCCGCUUUGCCCGUGAUCUUCUGUCCACUACUUGCACCCGUACGGCCAACUUGCGCUUGCAGGACUUCUCACGGGCGGCUCCCUUCCUAUGAAAUAGCCUGCCUACCGCCAUCAGACUCUCCCCUAGUCUUCUUCAAUCGUUUAGGAAGUACCUCAAAACCCAUUUCUUUAGGAAAAGCCUAUGGCCUCCCAGACUAACCUCUACCUCACAUACCUGUCUCUUGCUCUCUCCUAAAGGGCAGCACUCUACUCUCUCCUUCACCUCUGCUUCACUCCCACCUAAUUUGAUUGCUAUUUCCUGUCCUAAUGUGUUUUAUACGCCUCCUCCUACAGACUGUAAGCUUGUCUGAGCAGGGCCCUCUUCAACCUAUCGUUUCUCUAAGUUUUCUUGUAAUUGUCCUAUUUAUAGCUAAAUUCCCCCUUUUAAUAAUAAUGCAAAGCACUACAGAAUCUGUUGGCGUUAUAUAAAUGGCGAUAAUAAUAAUCACACUUUUCACUGUUCUGGAAACAGCAGUGAAAACUACAGCUGGAUGACAACCUGCAUCUGCAGGCGUAUAAAUUUGGACAGGUCUGCGUCCACUUUUCAUUUAUAGGCUUGCUUAAAAAAGCUGAGUUGUCAAGGGGUAGCAUCGUCCCACAGGAUACCCUGGAAAUCGGUGCAACCACCUCAGGUGGUAUAGGCCAGGGGGUGGAAGUACCUUCCUCCAUAGGGUAAAGUUUGGACUCUUCUUUUACCUCCAAGGCCUUUGAAACACCUCGGAACUUCCAUGUAAGUCAUUACGCCUGUCAUGUGGCUGCGCCUUAUGGAGACAGUCAGUGCAUAACGGUGUUCCUUCCACUGCUUUUCCAUCAGAACCAAAAUAUGGUGUAGAUUCAGAAAAUACCAUGCAACUUCCUUUGUAAGCUAUGCCAACAUGUCCUGUGGCUUCACAGGUAUAGGUGAAGCUGAAGAGGUUACCUUCUGAAGACAGGCAAUGCAUAACCGUUUUCCUACCACUGCCUUUCCAUCACAAUCAGAAUAUGGUGUAGAUUCAGACAAUAUAAACAAACAAAAAAUUACAUGUGGCGAAGUAUUAAAGUGAAAAAGGGGAACUGUAAUUCAUUAACCAAGACAAGUCAACAGAUUUAGAACUGGCUGAAAACAGCACUUUCCUAUGUCUGGAGAACCUGAAAAUACUUUCCAAAUAAGUUUGGGAUGUUUACAGUAAUUUCCCCUUCAUUUUAGGUACUUUCUGGCAAUUGCCCGUAUCCAAGAUGGCUGCCGCAAUAUAUAUUCCCAUAAUGCAAGUCAUUGGUGUUGGGCCCUUAAGACACAAACUGAACAUGCGCAGGUGUCUUCCAAGUGCAUUUGCUGUCUAGAGACCGGGGAAAGAGCUCGGUCUGUAGCAUGCAUGGCCCCUGAACACCCAGGGAACUGGGACUAAAUCUCUGUGACCGAAGGGAAGCAUAAGAAAUAAAGUAAAAGUGCCUGCAAGGUGAUAACAAGGUGCAAAAAAAUCACCAAAGUUAAAGGCCACAGUAUAAAAGGCAUCAUAGCAUAAGGCAGUAAAGGAACAGUUGCAUAAUGAACCACAGUUUAAAGACAUCACAGUGUAAAAGUACCACAGUAUAAAGGCACCAUAAUAUAAAGGCAUCCUAAAAUAGAAAAAGCAAAUAAAGUAAUGAAGAGAAAAAAACAUGUGUCCAUAAAGUAAAGGGAGCAAAAUGCUCACAUCCUAAGGGCUGUAGGACAGGAAAAAGACUGAGGGACCUAUGCAGGGAUAAUCCUUUUAAAGGCAUUUGUUUUAUUCCUGUCCUAUUGGCUGUAAGGGCAGGAGCUAACCCAUAUGCAUAUGGUGCCGUGAAUAAUAGACAGGAAAUAAAAAUGUGUGUGUGUGUAUGUAGAUAGAAAAAAACUGGCACUCACGCUGUAAUGCUCCUCUAGAAUGUAAGCUCAUUGAGCAGGGCCCGCCGCCUCUCUGUUCCUGUACGUACAAUUGUCUGGUUACAAUUACAUGUCUCUUAGUCCACCCAUUGUACAGCGCUACGGAAUCUGGUGGCGCUAUAUAAAAUAAUAAUAAUAAACCCAUCCAUAUACAAUAUAUAGGAAAAAACAUAAUUGGUGAACUCACUCCAGCUGGAGCUAAGAACCGCUGGCAUCCCACCAAGUGCAUUGCACAUGUGCAAGACGUGCUCUGCCCACCUAGCGUGCCAUAAUCACCUGGUGACAUCAGACGCGUUGCCAUGGUAUAGCGGGAACCAGCCCUGUUGCCAUGGCAACGGGUAUACGUUGCAAGUGUCAGUGCUUACUGUAAAAAUUGCCUGCAAGUGCUGCUGGCUGCUUGGACCUUACAGGGGUGAUCUGGAUAGAGUGAAAGGAGCUGGAUGAUUCCAGCUCAAUAAGGCAGUGGCAUUGCUAUACGAAUAAAGUUAAUAGACUGUAAAAGUAACAUUGCUAAUAAUGCAGUGCUGAAUAAAACAAUUUAAAGUGACAUUGCUGAUAUUGCUUUAAUAUAAAGUGCAGAAAGUGACAAAUGUGCAAAAAACUGUUAAAAGUGCAAAUGCAAAAAUGUGGAAAAAUGCUCAUAUGGAGGGUGAAUAUAAAUAGUAGCAAUAUAGAUCUCGACAAAAUUAGCUUUGAAACACUAUAACUACUGUUAAAACAAAUCACUGAAAAACUUUUUCACAUGUAUAAAAAGCUGGGGUGGAUUCAUAGAAAAACGUGGAGCAAUAGGUUUUUGUUCAAUCCUUUUGGGAGACAUCGUAUUAAUUUCAUGGAUCCAGAAAGCUUCUAUAUUCAGCAACAUUUUGCACCUGUCGCAUCCCCUCCUGGACUGGGGUAUGUAGUCAGUGUCACAAAUUUUAAUGUGGAUAAGGGGUCGUGUUGUGCCAGAAAAUGUUUGGCCACAGGUUUAUCUGAAGACCCAUCCCUACAUGCCAAUCUGAUAAUAGAGCGGUGGCCACGAAUCCUUUCACACAGAGGGGUUUCUCUUGCCCACAUCAUUUUAUAUAUAUAUAUAUAUAUAUAUAUAUAUAUAUAUAUAUGUGUGUGUGUGUAAUUUUUUAUCUAUUUUUUUUAAAUGUAAUAUUCCGAAUGACUGCUGUGGUGAUUCCUUUUUUUUUUUUUUUUUUUUUUAAAUCUGUAACUUACCCAAAGAAAUAAAGAUCAAAAUUGUAGCAGACUUAACUUAGUGCUUAUAUUAGAGGAAUGUAUGAUUUUAAACAAUGUUGCUAUUGUGUUUCAAAUAUAUCUCAUUACACUAUUCGCUAUUCCAGCCCAACAAGGUUGCUUAGAAGGGUGGUCACAUUCCCUGCCAAAGGCAGUUAAAAACAUUAUUUAGUCUUUAUUUAAAGAAGUCACAAAUUGGUUCACACAUAAAUCGUUAUCGAAAGGGGGGUGGGGGGGUACUAUAUCGGAUAAAUUCACAUUUACAGCAGUCAGAGCUUUUUAGUGGGACAGAGAUAUCAUGGGUGCAUUUCCUGCUGUAGGACAUACUUUUCUAAAAUGGAUUACCCAUGUGCCAGAGGUGCAUCUACCCUUUAAUAAAGCUCAGCUUAGACUAGGGGAAAUAAACAGUACUAGGUGUUUUGAUUAAUAAAUGUGAAAUUCAUGGUACCUACAAAAUUAAAAUUAGAUGUUCAUGUGAGAUGUCUUUUAGAACUGUAAUACAAGAGCCAUCGAUGUUGCAGAAGUCUAACAGCCUUUUUUCAUGUUCCAGGUCUGUACUGCAUUGGAAAAGAGUCGCUUUUGGUUGAAUUGGCAAAGACCUUUAAAUCGUGGGUGGUUGUAAGCCCUCAACGAUUGGAAUUGCUCAAAAUCCUAGAAUUAGAAGAUGUUUUUACUGUUGAUGGAGAAGCAGGCAGAAUCCAUGUUGUUGACCAGUCAGAAGUAACUUAUGUUAAUAUGGUUCAAUGGAAUCGCGUUUGUCCCACUAUUGCAAUUCUCCCCACCAGUCGAAAAGUCAAAGUUUGGCACAGGGCAGUGCAUGUUGUUCCAUACUCUGAUCAUUCUACCUUUGAAGAACUUACAGAAUUUGUAUCAAGGCUAAAACCUUAUUCAAUUAUUCCUGUAGUAAAAACCCAGCAAUGUGAGCCUCAUUUCAAACAAUAUUUGCGUUUUAGAAAAGAACCCCACAAAGUGAAUAUUCCAGAAUCUGUGAAAACCUUCAUGAAAAAUCAACUUUCAAAGGGAAAGGAAGAAGCUUUACAUCUGUUUAAAGCUCCCUUUCCCAAACGUGCUGCAAGAGGAGUUGAGUUUGAGUCGCCUGAAAAAAGGCCACACUGUAAUGUUGGCUCUUGUAGCAUUGAAAAUAAUCAGGAAAGCAUGGCACAUUUAUCAGACACUGAGGCUGACUUGGAAGAAAGACAAGAAAUUGGAGUAACUUUCAUGAGUACAAGGAAUGCUCAGAUGCCUUUGUGUGAAUCUACUGUGAUAGAACAUAAUAAAGACCGAACUUCACUCGAAAUCUCAACUUCUUACAUUGGUGAUAGCUCAGAAGAUAACAUACUUGAAAUGGCAUCCACAAUAUUUUGGUCCCCUAAACAUAGGAAUGGUACUUUAAUAUCGGAGACAUCACCAGAGGUUAUAUCUGUAAUAGGUUCCAAAAGUAGUACUCCAAAUUCAACAUUGUCAAUCACGUAUUUGGACUUACAAGAAGCCAGUCACCUGCCGAUAUUGCCAUUAAAAAAACAGACUAAUUUUGGACCUCAGAACUUUCACAAUCAAGUUGAGAAAUACUUUAAGAAAUUUGAUACAAAUGAUGAGCUCUGUUAGUUUUUGAAAAAGAUAGAAAUAUUAUUCUUUUUGUUUUGGUUUAGUUUAUUGUUAUGUUAUUAAUUUAUUAGUAG